GAAUGUGACAUCAGCGGUCCGCGCCGCUGCCGGCCGCGGCCAUGCCCAAGCGGGGCUGCCCGUUCGCGGACGCCGCCCCGCUGCAGCUCAAGGUCCGCGUGGGCCCUCGGGAGCUGAGCCGCGGCGUGUGCGCCGAGCGCUACUCACGGGAAAUCUUCGAGAAGACCAGGCAGCUGCUGUUCCGGGGAGCCCAGGCCUACACAGACCACGCGUGGGAGGAGGGCUGUGCUGUCGUCCAGCUGCCAGGGUCCCCGAAGCCUGGCCCCACCGAGACCCCACGGGCCGCACGAGGCCAGAUGCUUAUCGGCCCGGACGGCCGCCUGACCAGGGCCAGAGCCCAGGCUUCUGAAGUGGAGCCAUUGAGGGUACACAGACCCUGCUCCUCUUGUGUGCGGGCUGCCGACGGGAACGCCGCGUGCAGUCAGUGUGAGCGCGCCCUUUGUGGACGGUGUCUGCGCACCUGCAGAAGCUGUGGGGCCCCUGCCUGUGCCAUGUGUGCCCUUGUGGACUGCACUGAAUUCCACGAGAAGGUUCUGUGUGCCAGCUGUGCCGUGCUGGAAGCCUGAGCGCCCUGAAGAAUUGGUGGGAGGGGGGUAGUUGUCUUCCCGAGGGCAGAAAGAAUAAACCUUUAUAUUUGGACACAAGCA